AUGGUCCUUUCAAGUUCGGUGAGCCUUGGGAUUAGAUACGGAACUUUGCGGACGUGUUCGAGGAUUGCAGGAUCGGCUCCUCUGCAGAUAGGUCGCUCAAAUACGCGUUUAUUCUCGUCUUUGUUGCAGCCCUCAAGCCGACGGAUUCUCGUGCUUCAGGGCCCUACUGCGUCUAGGAAUUUUUCAAUAUGGCCUUUGAGGGCGAUUCCAACAGCAGAAACACAGGCUUCACUCCCACCAGCGCCAACCGAAGCCUCUAAUAUUGAUGAUGUGGUUCCUACCCCCUCCUUCGCCUCGACAGUUCCUUCAGAAUCGAUUUCAGCAGCCGAUGCCUCUGUUAUGUCAGAUCCAGCUGCCUCCCUCGAUCCUUCUUCUGCCGUGGAGUCCCUGGGUUCAACCAUCACGGAUACCCUCAUCCAAAACGCGCCUACCGCUCUCCAAUACGGUGACUUUGCCGCUAUGGGCCUGGCAGGCUGGAGUCCGGCAGGCAUCAUCCGUUGGUCGUUUGAAAUAAUCAACGUUACCACCGGUAUGCCCUGGUUCUGGACCAUCGUCGCUGGUUCAGCAUUCUGGCGCCUCGCAUGCGUUCCGUUCGCGCUCAAGGGCCUGCAGGCCUCUGCGCGCAUGCAGCCGCUCCAACCGCAAAUCAUGAAACUCCAGCAGGACGUCAAACGCGCGUCAGAGUCGAGGGACCGGCUGGAACUUCAAAAAGCCAGUCUGGCCAUGUCGACGUUCUACAAGGAGAACGGAAUCAACCCGUUUGCUGGUUUGAUUUCGCUCAUCCAGAUGCCAAUUACCCUUGGGAUCUUCUUUGGCGUGCAGAAGAUGUGCAAAUUGCCUGUGGAACAGUUGACCCAAAGUGGGAUUGCGUUGUUGCCUGACCUGACGGUGGUGGACCCAACCCUGGUCUUACCGAUUGCAUUGUGUGCGGCAGUCAAUAUGCAGAUUUCGCUUGGUGCGAGAGACGUCAACACCAUUGAGAGGCCGGGCAUGGGCCACUUCAUGAACGUGAUGCGCGUCUUGACGAUCCCGGGUGUCUGGUUUAUGUCUAGUUUCCCUGUUGGACUCCUGGUUUCCCUACUGACCACUGCAAGUCUGACGGUUGCGCAAACUCUCGCCCUCCGUAGCCCUGCCGUUCGACGUGCCCUGACCAUCCCAAUUCCUCCUCCGGAGACGAGGGGUAAACUUCCAUCAAUGUCUUCCACGCUUGUAUUCACUAAGAAGUUCCUGUGGGACGAUGUGAUAGAGGCCGCCGAAAAAAAGAAGAAGGAAGAGGGCGAAAGGCAGCGCACACGGAUGAAGAAAAGGUUUUGA